GACGGCCGCCCGGUGAUUCACAGUCGCGCCGCAGUUCCGCGCCGAGCACGCGUCGCUCGCUCCGUCCCGCAGCGCCCGUCAUUACUGCGAGAGCAUUCAUUCUGUUAUUGUUUUCUCGAUCGCGAGUGAUCAAAUACGUAAACGACCAACGACGGAUCCGACGCGCGCUCCGCAGCACCAGGACAGGGCACCGCUCGGGACGAAGCUCCCGAUUCUUUCGAGUGUUCACAUUCAACAUGCCGAGCGCGGUGAACGGCGCGGGCGACGAGGAUGACGUGGUGCUGUCGGGCCUGUCGGGCCGCCUGCCCGAGUCCGACUCCAUCGACGAGUUCGCGCAGCAGCUGUUCGACGGCGUGGACCUGGUCACGGCCGACGGCCGCCGCUGGACCCCGGGGCUGCACGGGCUGCCGGAGCGCAGCGGCAAGCUGAAGCAGCUGGCUCACUUCGACGCCACGUUCUUCGGCGUGCACGCCAAGCAGGCGCACCUCAUGGACCCGCAGCUGCGCCUGUUGCUGGAGAUCACGCACGAGGCGCUGGUGGACGCCGGGCUCAGCCCCGCCGAGCUGCGCGGCUCGCGCACCGGCGUGUUCGUGGGCGUGAGCAACAGCGAGACGGAGGAGCUGUGGACGGCCGAGCCCGACCGCAUCAACGGCUACGCGCUCACGGGCUGCUGCCGCGCCAUGUUCCCCAACCGCGUGUCCUUCGCCUUCGACCUGCGCGGCCCGUCCUACGCCGUGGACACGGCCUGCUCCAGCUCCAUGUUCGCGCUGGCGCAGGCCGCGGCGGCCGUGCGCGCCGGCCUGUGCGACGCGGCCGUGGUGGCGGGCACCAACCUGUGCCUCAAGCCCGCCAACUCGCUCAACUUCCACCGGCUCAGCAUGCUGUCGCCCGAGGGCCGCUGCGCCGCCUUCGACGCCAGCGGGCGCGGCUACGUGCGCUCCGAGGCGGCCGUGGCGGUGCUGCUGCAGCGGCGCGGCGUGGCGCGGCGCGCGUACUGCGCCGUGCGCGGCGCGCGCACCAACACCGACGGCGCCAAGGUGCAGGGCAUCACGUUCCCGUCGGGGGACAUGCAGCGCCGCCUGGCCGAGGAGACGUUCCGCGAGGCGGGGCUGCGCCCGCGCGACGUGGCCUACGUUGAGGCGCACGGCACCGGCACCAAGGUCGGCGACCCGCAGGAGGUCAACGCCAUCGCCGAGCUGUUCUGCGCGGGCCGCUCGACGCCGCUGCUGCUCGGCUCCGUCAAGUCCAACAUGGGCCACUCGGAGCCCGCGUCCGGCCUGUGCUCCAUCGCCAAGGUGGUGCUGGCCAUGGAGCGCGGCGUGCUGCCCGCCAACCUGCACUACCGCGAGCCCAACGCCGACAUCCCCGCGCUGAGCGACGGCCGCAUCCGCGUCGUGGACCGCAACACGCCGUGGGACGGCGGGCUCGUGGCCGUCAACUCGUUCGGCUUCGGCGGCGCCAACGCGCACGUCAUCCUGGAGUCGGCGCGCGGCGCGCGGCCGCCGCCGGCCCAGUACGCGGUGCCGCGCCUGCUGCUGGCGUCGGGCCGCACGGAGGAGGCCGUGCGCGAGCUGCUGGCGCUGGGCGCCGAGCACCCGCGCGACGCCGAGCUGCACGCGCUGCUGGACGCCGUGCACGCGCAGCCCAUCGCCGGCCACGCGCACCGCGGCUGGGCGCUGCUCUCGGACCCGCCGGCGCUGGAGGUGGCCGAGCUGGAGGGCGAGCCACGCCCCGUGUGGUUCGUGUUCUCCGGCAUGGGCUCGCAGUGGGCCGGCAUGGGGCGCGCGCUCAUGCGCCUGCCCGCCUUCGCCGCCAGCGUGGCGCGCUCGGCGGCCGCGCUGGCGCCGCACGGCGUGGACCUGGCGCACGUGCUGAGCGAGGCGCCCGACGCCGCCUUCGACGACGUGAUCGCGUCCUUCGUGUCCAUCGCCGCCGUGCAGGUGGCGCUGGUGGACGUGCUGCGCGCCGCGGGCGUGCGCCCCGACGGCAUCGUGGGCCACUCGGUGGGCGAGGUGGGCUGCGCGUACGCCGACGAGACGCUGACGGGCGAGCAGGCCGUGCUGGCGGCGUACUGGCGCGGGCGCAGCAUCGUGGACGCGGGGCUGGCGCCCGGCGCCAUGGCGGCCGUGGGGCUGUCGUGGGACGCGUGCGCGGCGCGCUGCCCGCCCGACGUGUCGCCGGCGUGCCACAACUCGGCCGACAGCGUGACGGUGUCGGGCCCGCCCGCCUCCGUGGAGCGCUUCGUGGCCGAGCUGGCGGCCGAGGGCGUGUUCGCGCGCCGCGUCAACAGCUCGGGCGUGGGCUUCCACAGCCAGUACAUCGCGGCCGCGGCGCCGCUGCUGCGCAAGAGCCUGGAGCGCGUCAUCCCGGCGCCCAAGCCGCGCUCGGCGCGCUGGGUGUCGUCGUCGCUGCCGCGCGCGCAGUGGGGCGGCGCGCUGGCGCGGCUCAGCGACGCCGCCUACCACGUGAACAACCUGCUGUCGCCCGUGCGCUUCGCCGACGCGCUGCGCGAGGUGCCGGAGCGCGCGCUGGUGGUGGAGGUGGCGCCGCACGCGCUGCUGCAGGCCGUGCUGAAGCGCGCGCUGCCGGACGCGGCGCACGUGCCGCUGGUGCGGCGCGACGCGGCGGACGCGUGCGCGCACGCGCUGGCGGCGCUGGGCCGGCUGUUCGCGGCGGGCGCGCAGCCGCGGCCGGGCGCGCUGUACCCGCCGGUGCGCUUCCCCGUGUCGCGCGGCACGCCGGCGCUGGCGUCGCGCGUGCGCUGGGACCACUCGGUGGAGUGGAGCGUGGCGCAGUACGGCGCGGCGCGCUCGGGCGAGAACGUCAUCGAGUUCGAGCUGUCGCGGCCGGAGGACGCCUACCUGGCGGGACACAACAUCGACGGCCGCGUGCUGUUCCCGGCCACGGGCUACCUGACGCUGGUGUGGCGCACCAUGGCCAAGCUGCACAACCAGAAGCUGGAGGAGACGCCCGUGCUGCUGGAGGACGUGCAGUUCCGGCGCGCCACCAUCAUGCCGCGCGACGCGCCCGUGCGCUUCCUCGUCAGCGUGCUGGAGGGCUCGGGCGCCUUCGAGGUGUGCGAGGGCGGCGCCGUGGCCGUCACGGGCCGCGUGCGCCUGGCGGGCGCCGCCGAGCGCCUGCCCGACGACGAGCCGCCGCCCGCCGCCGAGCCCGACCUGCUGCCGCUCGCCGCCGACGACGUGUACAAGGAGCUGCGCCUGCGCGGCUACAACUACGGCGGCGUCUUCCGCGGCAUCCGCUCGUCCGACGCGCGCGGCGCCGCCGGCGAGCUGGCGUGGGACGGCAACUGGGUGGCGUUCAUGGACACCAUGCUGCAGUUCGGCAUCAUCGGCACCGACACGCGCGAGCUGUACCUGCCCACGCGCCUGCAGCGCGCGCUCAUCGACCCGCGCGCGCAGCCGGCGCCCGGCGCGCUGCCGGUGCGCAUGCGGCGCGCCGUGGACGCCAUCGCGUGCGGCGGCGUGGAGUUCCGCGGCGUCAAGACGAGCCUGGCGCCGCGCCGCGCCAACGCGCAGCCCGCGCCCAAGCUGGAGAAGUUCGCGUUCGUGCCGUACGACAGCGCGGCCGUGGCGGCCGAGGACUCGGCGCGCUCGCGGCGCGAGGCGCUGGUGGUCAGCCUGCAGCUGGUGCUGGAGAACGCGGGCGCGCUGCGGCUCAAGCUGGCGGAGGCGGCGCUGGGCCGCGCGCCCGACGCGCUGCUGGCGCCCGCCGCGCUGCAGGUGCUGGAGGCGGAGCCGCAGGUGCGCGCCGACGCGUCGCUGGCGGCGGCCGGCGAGCAGGCGCUGUACGCCGCGCCCAUGCAGCAGCUCGGCGUCAAGGUGACGCCUAAAGACGUGCGCAGCGGGCCGCCCGACGCCGACUGCCACCUGGUGCUGGCGGCCGACGUGCUGAGCAAGCACGGCGCCGACGUGCUGGCGCACCUGGCGGGCGCGCUGGGCGCCGGCGGCAUGCUGCUGCUGGAGGAGCCGCGCGGCGCGCUGGACGCGUCCGCCGCGCUGCUGGCCGCGCAGCGCCUCGCCGUCGUGUCGCGCCAGCCGGCCGGCGCCGCCGAGCUGCUGCUGCUGCGGCCCCGCGCCGAGCCGCCGGCCGCGUGCGUCGUGGUGGAGCUGGACGACGGCUACGGCUGGGUGGAGCCGCUGCGCGAGGCGCUGCGCCGCGCCGAGAGCGAGCCGCUGCGCGUGUACGCCGUGGCGCGCGGGCCCGCGUCCGGCGCGCUGGGGCUGGCGGCGUGCCUGCGCGCCGAGCCGGGCGGCCGCGCGCUGCGCGUGGUGCUGGCGCCGGGCGCGCCCGCCUUCGCGCCUGACGCGCCGCCCUACGCGCAGCAGCUGGCGCUGGACCUGGCCGUGAACGUGCUGCGCGCCGGCGUGUGGGGCAGCUACCGGCACCUGCCGCUGGCCGACGCGGCCGAGGCGCGCCUGCAGACGGAGCACGCGUACGUCAACACGCUGACGCGCGGCGACCUCGCCUCGCUGCGCUGGAUCGAGAGCGACCUGCGCUUCGCGGCGGAGCGCGCGCUGGGCCCGCGCCAGGAGCUGUGCCGCGUGUACUUCGCGCCGCUCAACUUCCGCGACAUCAUGCUGGCCACGGGCAAGCUGCCGCCCGACGCGCUGCCCGGCGACCUGGCCGGCCAGGAGUGCAUCCUGGGGCUCGAGUUCAGCGGGCGCGGGGCCGACGGGCGCCGCGUGAUGGGCAUGGUGGCGGCGCGCGGGCUCGCCACCACCGUGCUGGCCGACCGCGGCUUCCUGUGGGAGGUGCCGGCCGCCUGGAGCCUGGAGGAGGCGGCCACGGUGCCCGUGGCGUACGCGACGGCGUACUACGCGCUGGCCGUGCGCGGGCGCAUGCGGCGCGGCGAGGCCGUGCUGGUGCACGCGGGCACGGGCGGCGUGGGGCAGGCCGCCAUCGCCAUCGCGCUGCACGCCGGCUGCACCGUGUUCACCACGGUGGGCACGCCCGACAAGCGCGCCUUCCUGCGCGAGCGCUUCCCCGCGCUGCCGGACGGGCACAUCGGCAACUCGCGCGACUGCAGCUUCGAGCAGCUGGUGCUGCGCCGCACGCGCGGCCGCGGCGUGGACCUGGUGCUCAACUCGCUGGCGGGCGCGCAGCUGCAGGCCUCCGUGCGCUGCCUGGCGCCCGGCGCGCGCUUCCUGGAGAUCGGCAAGCUGGACCUGUCCGAGAACUCGGCGCUCGGCAUGGCCGUGUUCCUCAAGAACACCACCUUCCACGGCAUUCUGCUGGACGCGCUGUUCGACGCGGGGCCCGACUGCGAGGACAAGGCGGCCGUGGUGCGCUGCGUCACCGAGGGCAUCGCCGGCGGCGCCGUGCGGCCGCUGCCCGCCACCGUGUACUCGGAGCAGCAGCUGGAGCCCGCCUUCCGCUACAUGGCCGCGGGCAAGCACGUGGGCAAGGUGCUGCUGCGCGUGCGCGAGGAGGAGCCGGCGCGCGGCCCCGCGCGCCCCGCCGCGCGCCUGCUGCCCGCGCUGCCGCGCACCUACCUGCACCCCGGCAAGAGCUACGUGCUGGUGGGCGGGCUGGGCGGCUUCGGCCUGGAGCUGGGCCACUGGCUGGUGACGCGCGGCGCCGCGGCGCUGGUGUUCAACUCGCGCAGCGGCGUGCGCACGGGCUACCAGGCGUGGUGCGUGCGGCGCUGGCGCGAGCGCGGCGUGCGCGUGCUGGUGUCCACGGCCGACGCCACGGCGGGGCCGGGCGCGCGCGCGCUGCUGCGCGAGGCGGCGGCGCUGGCGCCCGUGGGCGGCGUGUUCAACCUGGCGGCCGUGCUGGCGGACGCGUACCUGGAGAACCUGACGCCGGACGACUUCCGCGCCGUGGCGCGCCCCAAGGUGGACGGCACGGCGGCGCUGGACGCGGCCUCGCGCGAGCUGGCGCCCGACCUGGACUACUUCGUGGCCUUCUCGUCCGUGUCGUGCGGGCGCGGCAACCCCGGCCAGAGCAACUACGGCCUGGCCAACUCGGCCAUGGAGCGCCUGGUGGAGCGGCGCCAGGCCGACGGGCUGCCGGGGCUGGCCGUGCAGUGGGGCGCCAUCGGCGAGGUGGGGCUCGUGGCCGAGAGCAUGGGCGGCGGCGACGACGCGGUGGUGGGCGGCACCGUGCCGCAGCGCAUCGCGUCGUGCAUGCAGGCGCUGGGCGCGCUGCUGGCGCUGCCGCACGCCGUGGUGGCCAGCAUGGUGCUGGCGGACAAGCGCCGCGCCGCCGCCGCGCCCGCGCAGGACCUGGUGCACGCCGUGGCCAACAUCCUCGGCGUGAAGGACCCCAGCAAGGUGUCGGACUCGGCCAACCUGGCCGAGCUGGGCAUGGACUCGCUGAUGGGCGCCGAGAUCAAGCAGACGCUGGAGCGCGGCUACGACGUGGUGCUCGGCGUGCAGGAGAUCCGCGGGCUCACGUUCGCCAAGCUGCGCGAGCUGGGCGGCGAGGCGCCGGCCGAGGGCGCGGAGGGCGCGGCGGGCGCGGCGGCCGAGGCGCCGGAGGCGGCGCUGGUGCAGUUCGCGGCCGGCGAGCUGGUGCCCGAGCAGGUGGUGGUGCGGCUGCCGAGCGCGGCGGACGACGCGCCGCCCGUGUUCAUGGUGCACCCCAUCGAGGGCGUGGCGGAGCCGCUGCGCGGGCUGGCGGCCGGCGUGCGCGCGCCCGUGUUCGGGCUGCAGUGCACGCGCGCGGCGCCGCUGGACGACAUGGCGUCGCUGGCGCGCUUCUACGUGUCGCACGUGCGCGCGCUGCAGCCGCGCCCGCCCUACACGCUGCUGGGCUACUCGUUCGGCGCCGGCGUGGCGUUCGAGAUGGCGCUGCAGCUGGAGCGCGCGGGCUGCGACACGCGGCUGGUGCUGGUGGACGGCUCGCCCGCGUACGUGGCGGCGCACACCACGCGCGGCAAGCAGAAGCGCGCCGUGCGCUCGGCCGGCACGGACGAGGCGGACGCGCUGGCCUACUUCGUGCAGCUGUUCGUGGACGCGGACGCGGCGCGCGUGUCGGCCGAGCUGGAGCGGCUGGCGGGCUGGGAGCAGCGCGUGGCGCGCGCCGUGGCGCUGGUGGCGGGCGCCGCGCCGCACGCGCCCGACGCGCUGGCCGCCGCCGCCGCCGCCUUCUACCGCAAGCUGGUGGUGGGCGACGCGUACCGGCCCGGCGGCAAGCUGCGCGCGCCCGUCACGCUGUUCGCCGCCAGCGACAACUACGUGGCGCUGGCCGACGACUACGGGCUGGGCGCCGUGUGCGCCGGCCCGCUGCGCACGCACCGGCUGGCGGGCACGCACCGCUCCAUCCUGGGGGGCGAGGCGGCCGCCGCCAUCGCCGCGCACCUGUCGGAGCUGCAGCGCGCGCAGUGAUGGGACCGAGCCGUGUGAAGUGUGAUGUCGACAUUGUCAUGUCAGUGCAAUGGCCUCUCUAUUUAACUCGUUGGGGUAUAUUUAUAGUAGAAUUUGUAAAUUAUAGAUUAAAUUAUGACAUACGAGAGCUUGGCUCGCCGCU